AUGGCUUGGGAAAUUUGGGAACUGCAGAAAAGCAGCAUCUUGGAUCUCGAAUUCUGCAUUCAAGAGGGGCUCCAGGCCGCCACACCUAGGGCAUCGCGCUCGAAAACUCCCUUCCUCUCCAUUGCGGCUCUGAGGCCGGUGCUCCGUUCCUCACUCCGCGCGCCCUCCCGGCGGGCCCCAGCGUCUGCCCUAAGAUUGGUCCGCGCGGUUCGGCCGGCUCCGGCCCGCCUCCCAAGCCCCUUGCGCUCCGCGGGGCAGGACUCCACAGCAGGGACUGCUGCCCCUCGCCCUUCAGGCGGCUGCUGUCCCUGCUACCCUCCUGGGACCUGCUCCGUCACCGCUGUUCAGGCGGACAACACGAGUGGCGAGGACAGGCCACCGCCCGGGACCACACCUGCGCCCGGGCCCUUCGGUCCGGGCCCGGCUUCUACUUGCGCGGCUCCGCCCCGCACAGCGCGCGGCGGCGGUGGCGCUCGCUCCCGCCUUCGCGAGUGUCCGGGCCGCUCCCGAAUCGUGCUGGCACUCGGGGCCACGCAGAUGGCGCUCGGAUGCCUCAUCGUGGCGGUGAGCUUCGCGGCGCUGGCGCUCACCACCUCGGCCCGUGUCCGCCACUCCUGCCCUUUCUGGGCCGGCUUCUCGGUGCUGCUGUCAGGACUUAUCGGUGUGGUCUCCUGGAAAAGGCCUCUGUCACUCGUGAUAACCUUUUUCAUGCUGCUUUCUGCGGUGUGUGUAAUGCUGAAUUUGGCUGGUUCAAUUCUCUCCUGUCAGAAUGCUCAGCUUGUCAACUCCCUAGAAGGCUGCCAGUUGAUUAAGUUUGACAGUGUCGAGGUGUGUGUCUGCUGUGAAAUGCAGCAUCAGUCAUCCGGCUGCAGCAACCUUGGGGAGACGCUGAAGCUGAACCCACUGCAGGAGGACUGCAACGCUGUGCGGCUGACGUUGAAGGACCUCCUCUUCAGUGUGUGCGCCCUCAACGUUCUCUCCACCAUUGUUUGUGCAUUGGCCACGGCCAUGUGCUGCAUGCAGAUGGUCUCCUCUGAUGUUCUGCAAAUGUUUCUUCCACAGAGGUCCCAUUCUUCCAACCCCACCUGUGUGACUCCCCAUGGCACCGUUCUCCACCAGACACUUGACUUUGAUGAGUUCAUCCCCCCGAUCCCACCCCCACCUUACUACCCUCCGGAAUAUACCUGCACACCCACGACUGAGGCCCAGAGGAGCCUGCACCUGGACUUUGCUCCCUCUCCCUUCAGCACCAUAUAUGAUGUUGCCAUCAACAGCCCUGGCCUGCUCUACCCUGCCGAGCUCCCUCCACCCUAUGAGGCUGUGGUGGGCCAUAUGGCCAGCCAGGUCACACGUAUAGAUCAGCAGGUGACUGAGUCCAGCUCCGGAGAUCCAAAUGCCACUGCUGGCUUCAGCACACAAGCGCCAGCGGACCCCGCGAGUCUCCCUGCCACUGAGCGCAGUGCUGCGCCAGGCCCAAGCAGUUGCUCUCCGGAUGGUCCCGGCGCUCCGCACUCUCCGCCACCAUCCCCGCCUCCCAGACAACGCUUGAGCCGCACUUCCCCGGAGGGCCCCGGCGGGGCUGCGCGGGUGCGAGCAGGUCCUGGGCGCGUGGCCCGCUCUGCCAGCGACCCCACCGCGUGCGCGUCCAGUGGUUCAGGUGAUGGUUCCUCACAUACCCUAUUGUGCAUUCAAGAUCUGGAGGCAGGAUUGUCCCAUGCUGCUCGAGGGAACGUUCCCUUGUCUCGCUCUGCUGAGUCUACCUCUGCUUGUCAGCACCUUCUUUCCCCACUGGGACAACAAAGCGGUGCCUGGAAAAUGGGCCAGCAGUUCAAGCCAGAGCCCUCACAGCCCACCUCCAAGCAGCGUCCUCACUCUCUGGUGGACAGCCAGGCCUACACAGACACCAGAGUCCUGGUGGCCAAGUUCCUGGAGCAUGCACACAGUGCCCUCCCUGCUGAAGUGCGGCAUGUGGUGCGUGCCAUCCACUCUGUGGUUGCCCCUGAUGAACUUCAUGUGGACGAAACCAUCCUCAGCACCAGUGUUCUGGACCAAGUGUGA